UCAAGAACAGCCCACAAUGGUUCAAAGUAAAGUAUGAAUGUCAGUGUUGCUGGACUGUGAGGAAAUGUCACGUUGUCCUCUUUGAAUAUGAGGUCCGAAUCAAGACUGGGUCAUCAGAGAUGCUGAGCCAAAAAAUCAAGGACUUGCAAGCUUCUGAUUUAAAAACGAAAUUAAUACUUUGUUUCAUUUCCUAUCCUUUUUGUUGGUCAAUCCCAAAGGUUUAAUUUCGGACUAUUUCUGCUGAAUAAACCUGUCAACAUAUUCCAGUUCACCUGUUUCAACCGUCUCAAUGGCGUUUUUAAUGAAAAAGAAGAGGUUCAAGUUUCAAAUCCAUUUUACAUUGGACGAGCUCACGGCCGUACCGUUUGUCAAUGGGGUACUUUUUUGCAAGAUCCGAUUGUUGGACGGAGGGGACUUUGCCGUCUCAUCAUCCAGGGAGGAGGUCCAACAGAACUGUGUUCGUUGGAAGAAGAAGUUCUCCUUCAUCUGUAAGAUGAGCGCCAGUCCCACCACUGGAGUCCUGGACCCCUGCAUCUGCAGGGUCUCUGUACGCAAGGAGCUCAAAGGAGGAAAGACGUUUUCAAAGCUGGGCUUUGCUGACCUCAACAUGGCGGAGUUUGCUGGCUCAGGCUCCACUGUGCGCUGCUGUAUCCUCGAGGGCUACGACACUAAGAACACUCGUCAGGACAACUCCAUUCUCAAGGUUACUAUUGGAAUUACACUUUUGUCGGGGGAUCCUUGCUUCAAAACGCCCCCCAGCACAGCCAAGUCCAUCUCGAUCCCGGGCCAGGACCCCUCCCUGCAGCUGGACUGUAAAGGCGAGGGCACCGAUGCCAACUCAAACCCUCCCCCAGGGGGCGUCAUCAGGACAUCAUCAGGACGGCCCCUCAAACCCAGACUCCCCUCAGCUCCCCUCAACUCUGGUCUACCCGAGCAGUUUGAGCAGAGCCUGCCCAGCCCAGAUGAGGUCUUCCACAUAGGACACUCCCGGAACUCCAGCUAUGCCAGCCAGCAGAGCAAGAUAUCAGGGUACAGUACGGAGCAUUCUCGCUCCUCCAGCCUAACAGACCUCACACACCGCCGUAACACCUCCACAAGUAGUAGCACCUCUGGGGGCCUGGCCACCCCCACCCAGACCCCCCACGCACACGCCCUCGCCAACCCCCACCCCCUUGCAGCAGACCCCCAGACAACCGGAGAGCCGGGCACCAAGUGUGAGAGACCCCCGCGGCCACCGCGGCCCAUCCUGCUCUCCAACAGACCCUCCAGGAGGAAGAAGGACACGGUUGAGAGUCAACCCACCUGGGUGGAUGAUACGCGCAUCGACGCCGACGACAUCGUGGACAAGAUUAUCCAGAGCCAGAACUUUGCCGAUGUCAGCAGCCAUGAAGAAGACAGCAACCUCAGAUUGUUUGUCAGCAAAGAUGGGACUACAGCCCUAAGUGGGUUACAACUGGGGAACAAGGUGACUGCUGGCGUCUUUGAGCCAGUGGUGAUCGAGAGCCACUAGCGAUGAGUGUGUGUGUGUUCACACAAAUGCACAUACGCCUGUCUUUUGAGUUACACCACUUCAACAAACACCACUAAACAACAUAUGUAACCCUUUAAUGAGAUAUUUACGGUGAUGGUGGUGGGAGGUGUAAUUUAUGAAUAAUCCAUUCAUGUAGAAAAGUUGUUAUAUUCAUGCUUUCAUCUGGGGGAGCAUAGGUGUAAAGUGUGCAAACUACUUGAUAGAGAGAGAAAUGGGAAACGAUUGCACCGUGGGAGUUGUAGUGAAACACUGAAAAUCAGGAAAAAGCUAGCCACACAGGUUGCGUUGGAGGCAAAUGUGGCUGCCUCAAAAAGUUGGAAUGUUAUGAUUUACCCUGUGUGUAUCAUUUUUGAACAAUGUGUACUACACUGGGUUAUGUUUGUGUAUGAUAAUGGUUGGGGAUACAUUUAGUUAUUCAAAUAACAAAUAUAAAUUCAACUGAGGGGAGAUUGAUAAAGUAAAGAAAGACUUGGUUACAAACUACUAAAUAGAGAGAUUGAACAGGCCAUUUGAACUAGGCUUGAAUGGGUGGUUUUCAAUGUGAAAUGUUCUAUAUUUGAUGACCCCUUGCAAUCCUUCGAUUUCAGAAACCGUACCAGACCUGGGGUCAAAGUUACGGUAUAGCCCAAAGAACCCAUGUUAUAGAAUUAUAUAGAUAUAUACAUUAUAGAAUAUAUUAUAAGUUACAGAAUGUUUUAGAAUAUAGGCUUAUAUGUAAUAUGUUGAAAUACGGACCUCAGAAAGAGAAAGGUGUGUUCAUAUGGCUGGCCAUAUGCAACUGUACAUACUGCAUGGUCAAUGAUUAAUCGAUUACUCUAGUCUAGGUAAAUGCAGGUAGGAUUAGUAAUCGAUUACUGUAGUCUAGGUAAAUACAGGCAGGAUUGGUAAUCGUUUACUGUAGUCUAGGUAAAUGCAGGCCGGAUUGGUAAUCAAUUACUGUAGUAUAGGUAAAUGCAGGCAGGAUAGGUAAUCGAUUACUGUAGUCUAGAUAAAUGCAGACAGGAUAAGUAAUCGAUUACUGUAGUCUAGGUAAAUACAGGCAGGAUUAGUAAUUGAUUACUGUAGUCUAGGUAAAUACAGGCAGGAUUGGUAAUCGUUUACUGUAGUCUAGGUAAAUGCAGGCCGGAUUGGUAAUCAAUUACUGUAGUAUAGGUAAAUGCAGGCAGGAUAGGUAAUCGAUUACUGUAGUCUAGAUAAAUGCAGACAGGAUAAGUAAUCGAUUACUGUAGUCUAGGUAAAUACAGGCAGGAUUAGUAAUCGAUUACUGUAGUCUAGGUAAAUACAGGCAGGAUUGGUAAUCGUUUACUGUAGUCUAGGUAAAUGCAGGCCGGAUUGGUAAUCAAUUAUUGUAGUAUAGGUAAAUGCAGGCAGGAUAGGUAAUCGAUUACUGUAGUCUAGAAAAAUGCAGGCCGGAUUGGUAAUCAAUUACUGUAGUAUAGGUAAAUGCAGGCAGGAUUGGUAAUCGAUUACUGUAGUCUAGAUAAAUGCAGGCAGGAUUGGUAAUCAAAUACUGGAGUCUAGGUAAAUGCAGGCAGGAUUGGUAAUCGAUUACUAUAGUCUAGAUAAAUGCAGGCAGGAUUGGUAAUCGAAUAUUGGAGUCUAGGUAAAUGCAGGCAGGAUUGGUAAUCGAUUACUGUAGUCUAAGCCCUUGGUCCUCCCCUCCCCUGGGUCUUGUACAUAGUCUUCUUUACAUCCGUAAUGUGAGACACUAUCCUCAUGCUCACCAGCUGGCUUGGUGACUAUACCGUAAGUGGAAAAGUUGGAAAAUCAGAGGGGGACAUGUCUGUCUUUGUUGACAGUCUUCUGUCUAUCUGUCUGUCUCAGUAGUUUUGUCCCUUGACUGUUGUUCAUUUGUCCUGUAUGUCAGACCCAUUUAUUUUGUGUCACCAUGCCCAUGACAUCCCUCCCUGUUGUCAAGAACUGGAGUUGUCAAUUUAACUAAGUUACUAGGUUUCUGGGAGAAACGUUUUAUAUUCUUGAUCUGCUAGAAAGCCCUUUUUGGAUUUGUGUUCUCAACAAAUCAAUGCUUACAGUGAGACUCAAAAGGAAAUUCGACUGCAUAUUAUUUCAAAUAUGCUUUCUCAAUGCAAGCCUGGUCACUGAUUUUUAUUGAGUGGGGGCCCUUAAAUGGUUUGGUUACUGAAGUGGGUUACAAAAGUUGGCUGGCUAACUUAGUAAUCCUUCUUUGUGAAAUACCUUCUAUGUGGGCUUGGCUACAACUGUCCAACUGUUGCCCUUCCACUAAGCCUCAAUAUCACCAGUCGUUAUCAAGUGUAAUGAACUUACAAUUGAAUAAGGGCUCUAAUGAUACAACUGACAGUGGUAUCUGGUCAUCUUCAUUUAAUUGAACAAGCUAUUCUAUUUGCUGGGGAGAAAUGUAAUUUUAUUUCUGUCGCCCCCGGAUUUUGAUCCCGUUAGAAGAACAUUGCAUUGUGGGUAUGGUGUAGUCAGAGCCAAUCAGAGCUAACAAUGGAGGAUUUUGAGUAGAAACUCCCCUCUCAUCCCCAAAUGACAAGGGCCUCUUGUAUGUGUGUUUGUGCCUGUGCAUAUCUUUUUUAGGGAGGGAGUGGAAACGAUGAAAUGUCCGUGUGUGUGUGUGUGUGUACUUCCGCGCAUUGUCUGUGCGUGUGCAAGCUGAAGAGCUUGGCACUCACCUGUCUCAAGGUUCUUGACCCCUGAGGAACGCUUCAGUUGAUCUGAAAGCCCUCAGCAGGGAAACGGACCUAAUGCGCGCGCCUUAGCCUGUAAUAUCGCCCUUAGUCUUUUCAUUUGAAAUGUCUUUUAAAGGAAAAGUGCAAUAUGGGCUUUCAUCUACACACCUGUAGCUUCAACAUAGCUUCCUAACAAGGAUGGUUUUUUUUACAACAGACAUAAGGUGUCCCAAAUGGCACCUUAUUCCCUACAUAGUGGACUACUUUUGAAGAGAGCCCUGUAUAGAGAAUACAGUGAUAUUUGGGACACAACCAUUCACAGCAUACUGAGAGUUGACAUUCAGAGGCACAAAGACAAAAAUGUCUCCUGACUGGCCCUUUAAAAAGAAAAUUGGGCUGUGUGUGCUGUUGCAAUGUGCUUUUUUGUGUGUAUUUCACGCUCCACCUUGCGUCAUUGUCAUUGUAGAUGCUGUGUGCAUACUGUGUGGGAAAAAAAAGGAAACAAUGAAUGCAUAACCUUUAACUUCACUGACGUGCGUACACAUGCAUGGGGAAAUGUUGACAGGUCUUCUUAGCUUUAUUUGUAUGUGUCAAGCUGAUAUGGACCAUUCAACUGUAUUUCAUCAACUUUGAUUAUACAAGCCCUCUGUAACACAGUGAAUCUGUAUUUUAGCGUGAGCUUCUUUUACAACGAAACCAAUUGAUUUCUUUCACUUGGCGUCUUUCAUUACGUUACACUGUCUAUCUCGUAGUAGUGUAGUCCCAAGCAUUUUUAUUAAUGAUAAUGGUUAAAAUAGCAAACACUUGAUUAAUAUUUUACUUGUUUUAAUUUUUACCAGCUGGCUGGUUUAUUUGUUCUAUGCAGCAGAGAUGUAUUGGUAAACCUGUACCUGUGCUCUACUUUGAAACAUCAAAAAAAUUGAUACACUAAAGAGUUGUAAUAAUUGGUUAUUUCUGAUUCCCCUGCUACUGUUUUUACAAGAGGGCUCAUUGUAUAUUUCUUGAAUUGUUUGGGUUCUGUUUUCCUACAUUCUUGACUAUUUGUAACCUGUGAUUUUUCUAACAAACGAGUUGAACCAAUAUGCUAACAUGAGGUUCCGCUGUCAUGAAUGGAACGCUAAGGAUUUUCUGCUGCAUAUUUGAAAUAUGAAUUAAUCAACACAUCACUAUGGAGGGUGAGGUUUCUCUGAUGCAACACAUCAUCAGAUAUUUGUCAUCGCUUUUCAGCCACUAUAUCACCUACAUUUUGUGGGUUGAAGAACUUGGUAGGUAAGAGGAUGGCAGUCAAUAGACAGAUUGCUCUCUGAAAGACCGAGUACUGUAAAUCAAUUUCAUUGUUCAAUCAGAGAUUAAAAAAUCAAUUUCUUUGAAUAUCAUCAUUUGCAAACUCACAUGGACCUUUCCUAAGGCUAAUCAGCUCAGUAGGUAGGGGAACCAGAAUUGAAUGGGGACCAGAUAUACCAUUCCUCCGUCUGAAACCUUGGCCGGUAUGAUAUUCAUAAUAACAGCACUUAGGUCUGGACAACUAACUUGACAUAACAUUUGAUCUAUUUCAAUUAUUUAUCCUCUAUUUCUUUUAUUUUUUUCAUCUUUGUAAAGGAAUUUUAAAACUAUGCACACGAGUCCAAGACUCUCCGAGAGGUCCACCCAAACUCAUGACCUUAAGAAUUAUAAUAUUAAUAAUAAGAGAUUUAUAUGAUUUUAAAAAAUCAACAGUUAAUGAAUUUAUAUCAAUAGACGACUAUUGAAAUUACUAUUUUUCUGAUUUUCCAGAAUUAUUUAGACAUUAUACACAUACACACAGGUAUUGCUCCAAAGUUCUCAUCUUUUUUUCACCUAAAAUGCAUUUAUUCUAUCACAUUUAACUCACAUGUGGAGAGACACUGUGACAUGAUGAAUUGGAACUAUAUCUGUACACACAUUGUAAUGUUUCCUUUUCAAGAUGGUAAAUGUCUAUUUGAACAAUGUAAAUGUCAUAUUUUGGGGAAAUAAAGCCGUUGUUGGGUAUCUAAAAAAA